UGUAACCUCCCUCCCUCUCUCUCUCUCUCUCUCUCUCUCUUCUUUGGGUUGUGCAAGAGAGAGGAGGAGGAGGAGGAGGAGCUGGGUGCUGGGGACCAGGUGGGGAGGUUCCAUUAUUCGCAGUGAGUCAACUCGGGCUUUCCUUCUUCUUUUGCUUUCUUUUUCGUUUCUUUCCGAGUCAUGGGCUGCUGCAAGUCGUCCUUCCUCAAGGACGCCGGCUCCGACGACAAGGACCAUCGUCCCCACCACCAGCGCCGCGGCGGCUACCCCGGCUCCGCCAACAGCCUCCGCCAGCAGCCCGCCAACGGCACCGACCACUCCGGCGGCGGCGGCGCCGGGGCCGGGGGGCCGGGGCGGGGUCGGGUCGGCGGGGUUCUUCUCCGAGUUCUCCCUGGCCGACCUGAGGGCCGCCACCAACAACUUCAGCUCCGAUUUCAUCGUGUCCGAGAGCGGCGAGAAGGCCCCCAACGUCGUCUACAAGGGCCGCCUCCAGAACCAGAACAACCGCCGCUGGAUCGCCGUCAAGAAGUUCACCAAGCUGGCUUGGCCUGAUCCGAAACAGUUCGCUGAAGAGGCAUGGGGAGUUGGGAAGUUGAGGCACAAGAGGUUGGCGAAUUUGAUAGGUUAUUGCUGUGAUGGGGACGAGAGAUUGCUUGUUGCAGAGUACAUGCCAAAUGACACUCUUGCUAAGCACCUCUUCCACUGGGAAAAUCAAACUAUCGAGUGGGCUAUGCGUCUUAGAGUUGCUCUGUACAUUGCCGAAGCCCUAGAUUAUUGUAGUAACGAAGGCCGUCCGCUCUACCAUGACUUAAAUGCAUAUAGGGUUCUCUUUGAUGAGAAUGGCGAUCCUCGACUCUCGUGUUUUGGCUUGAUGAAGAAUAGCAGAGAUGGGAAAAGUUAUAGCACAAACCUUGCGUAUACUCCACCUGAGUAUUUAAGAAAUGGACGUGUAACCCCAGAAAGUGUUAUCUUCAGCUUUGGGACAGUUCUUUUGGAUCUCCUUAGUGGGAAGCACAUUCCUCCAACUCAUGCUCUUGACAUGAUCCGUGGCAAAAACAUCCUCCUCUUGAUGGAUUCGCAUUUGGAGGGUAACUUUUCAACUGAAGAAGCUACUUUGGUCUUUGAUCUUGCCUCACGGUGUUUGCAGUAUGAGCCUAGGGAGCGUCCAAACACUAAAGACCUAGUUGCAACCCUUGCACCGCUGCAAAAUAAGCCCGAUGUUCCGUCUCAUGUGAUGCUGGGGAUUCCGAAGCAUGAGGAACCGCCUCCUACUCCCCCACACCCGCUUUCUCCAAUGGGUGAUGCUUGUUCACGAAUGGAUCUCACAGCGAUUCAUCAAAUUCUGGUAACAACACAUUACAAAGACGAUGAAGGAACCAAUGAGCUGUCCUUCCAAGAAUGGACUCAACAAAUAAGGGAUAUGCUGGAGGCGAGAAAGCGUGGGGACUUGGCAUUUCGUGAUAAAGAUUUUAGAACAGCAAUUGACUGUUAUUCUCAGUUCAUUGAUGUAGGAACCAUGGUAUCACCGACUGUUUUUGCUCGCCGGAGUCUUUGCUCUCUCAUGUGCGAUCAACCCGAUGCCGCACUCCGAGAUGCAAUGCAGGCGCAAUGUGUAUACCCAGAUUGGUCCACUGCAUUCUACAUGCAGGCGGUCGCACUUGCGAAGCUGGACAUGCACAAGGAUGCGGCUGACAUGUUGCAUGAGGCCUCUGCCCUUGAAGAAAAGCGGCAACGUGGCGGAAAAGGAUCUUGAGAGAUGGCCAUUUUUUGUCAUUUUUUGGUCUUUUUUGGGCCCUUUUCUUUCUCCUUGUCCUUGAGGUGGUGGUAUUGUUAUUGUAACAAAAAGAAAAAACACGGAAUUCUUGUAUAAUUGGAAAUUGGAUGCAAUUAUUCAUGUGAAAAACCACUUGCCAAUGAGGGUUAAUCAUGGUUGAUCUUCACCAA